GUCAUUUUACUACAUAAUAUCAAAGCAUUCUUUAUUGAUACACUAUGAAUACACACUGUCAGUGCUGCUAUGGAAGGGACAGCCUUCUAGCAUCAGUGAACUGUGGCAGUAACCCGGUGACUGUCAUCAUCUGUCAAAGUCGAUACCAUACCACGACGUAUGCACAUGAAACACUACCUGCCUGCAGGACCUCAAGCACCGCUUCAAUUUUCACCAAGCAAUCAGAGGGACUCUAAUCCGAAUAAGUUAGAUUUUUCCCUCAGAUAACCGACCAUCACAAGGACUUGGAUUUAAUUAUUUCCCUCAUCUGACUUUCAAAACGUGCGGCUAUAAAUCAUGGAGCACUAAAAUGGAGAGGAAGAAAAAGGUGUUAGUGUUCGAAAUUUGUGGAAGCAUGAUGUGGGAUGGAUAGAAAAAGUGCAACCUCUACUAUGGCCUCUAAUGACCCCAACCCUCUUGACCCCCCUGGGACCCCCCAGCCUGGUGACCUCAUUGAGAUCUUCAGACCGGCCUAUCAGCACUGGGCUCUGUACCUGGGAGAUGGUUAUAUCAUCAACUUGACACCUGUUGACGAGAGUCAGGCUGCAGCCAUCUCCAGUGUGAAGUCAGUGUUCAGUCGAAAGGCAGUGGUCCGAAUGCAGCUUCUAAAGGAAGUGGUUGGAGACGACUCGUACCGGGUCAACAACAAAUACGACGACGACCACACUCCAUUGCCUGUCGAUGACAUAAUUCAGCGAUCUCAAGACCUCAUUGGCCAGGAGGUGUCUUAUGACCUGUUGGGCAGUAACUGCGAGCACUUUGUCACCUUGCUGCGCUACGGGGAGGGGGUAUCUGAGCAGGCCACACGGGCCAUUGGAGCUAUCAGUUUGGUGACGGCUGCAGCAAGUGCCUUCUCUGUUCUUGGACUGAUCAACACACGCUCCAGAAACCGACCCUUCUGAAGCCCCUCAACAACAGCAGCGCUGUCCUGUGCUACUACUGUUCUGGGAAACAAUCUUCUUUUGGUUAAGAGGAUAGAUGGAUACUCAUCUUUACCCACUGUCAUAAAACAUGGAUGCAAUGACCUUUUGUAUCAUCAUUUGUAUGAGGCCAAGCAGACAAAGUACUGUAUACAGUAGAGAUGUUGCCAACAUUACAAUUAAUGCAGUAUCUUGCUGGAGAUACACAUUUGUAGAUGUUCAAAGGAUUGGUUGUGUGAGAAUGAAGUUAGAAUGAAAUGUAAAAUGUAACAAAAGAAUAAUCAAUAAAGAACUGAAAUAGUAUCGCAUCCAUUACGAAAGGAGACUGAAGUUAGAGUGCAGUAUAACUACAGU